AGGAGUGCUGGAGGCUGCACAGGCAGGCACAGGUUUCAGCUAGCAUCCAAAUAUUUCACAACAGGACAGUUGCACACACUCCUGGCACAGGGCUGUUUCUGGUGGAGGAAGUGCUGCAAGUUUAAAGGAGCCGACGCAGCUCUCAUUCAUGGUCAGUAUUGUUUGCACUUUGACCUCUAGGUCUGAGGACGAGGAGGUAUGAGGAAGAACUACAGUGCCAUUCCACUUAUCCACGUGACUGAGGCAGACCGCAGUGGCUGUGAUGUCCUCAGCAUCCCGGUGCCCAUCCGUCGUGGUGGCUCUGAGUCCAACCUGGACGUGGUGGACAGUGUCGGCGUGGAUGGAGUGGGCCUGGAUUUCACCAAGGGAGCACUUGGCAUCGACACUCUGCAGCAGAAGAUCCUCAAGGUGACGGAGCAGAUCAAGGUGGAGCAGACGGCUCGCGACCAGAACGUGGCAGAGUACCUGAAGCUGGUGAACAAUGCAGACAAGCAGCAGGUGGCACGAAUUCGCCAGGUCUUUGAGAAGAAGAACCAGAAGUCGGCGCACUCCAUCGCCCGUCUGCAGAGGAAGCUGGAGCAGUACCACCGCCGCAUGAAAGACAGCGAGACUAACGGCAAACACAGCCACAAGGACGGCGCUAAGGAGUCGGGGACUCAUAGCAAAGAGGGUAGCCUGAAGGACGUCAGCGCUACGGGGCGCCACCCGGCCCUGGACAAAGUAAAGACAAUUGGGCCGGGGGUUUCGCUUUCACCGCCAUUUUUCUUCAACAAGCCUCGCGAGUUUGCGAAUCUUAUCAGAAACAAGUUUGGCAGCGCAGAUAACAUCGCCCACUACAAGAGUGUGGAGGCUCACUCUGGGCUGCAGGUGGAUGGCGGAGCCAGGGGACUGAGCGGCAGUGCCAACACUGUCGCCAAGACAUCCAAGUACCACAGCGAUGACGAGUGCUCCACUGGAACGUCUGCGUCUGCAGACUCUAAUGGAAAUCCGGCGGAGGGCUCGGGGGUAGGCUCGGGCGGUCCAGGAAGGUCGGACUCUAACAGCCGACUGGGCGAAGUACUGGAAAUGGUGCGGGAGAUCCGGGAGGCUCAGACGCAGCUGGCAGAGGACAUGGAGGCGCUCAACACGCAGUUCAAACGGGACUAUGGCUACUUCACGCAGGUGAUGCAAGAGGAGCGAUACAGGUAUGAGCGGCUGGAGGACCAGUUAAAUGACCUGACAGAGCUGCACCAGCAUGAGACCAGUAAUCUGAAGCAGGAGCUGGCCAGCAUCGAGGAGAAAGUGGCCUAUCAGGCCUAUGAGAGAGCCAGAGACAUUCAGGAGGUUCUGGAGGCCUGCCAGACCCGAGUGUCCAAACUGGAGCUCCAGCAGCAGCAGCAGCAGCAGACCAUCCAGCUGGAGAACACGGACGCCAAGGUGAUCCUGGGCAAGUGCAUCAACAUCAUGCUGGCCAUCGUCACGGUGAUCUUAGUGUGCGUGUCUACGGCGGCCAAGUUCACGGCCCCGCUGCUGCGGAGUCGCCUCCACUUGGCGCUCACAUGUGUGGGAGUGUCCGUGCUAGCGCUGCUGUGGAAGAACUGGGAACAUUUGCAGUGUGCGUUGGAACAGUUGCUGCUCCCUCAGUGACCGGGACUCAGCUUUAGGUCCACUCUCCUCUGCCAUGUGAGAGUUAACAGUUAGCCUUACACCAGGUCCAAGACGACCUACGACCUGAUCCAUGGACCUGUAUGUCCACUACAUUCAAACUCUGGAAGUACUCGACACAUUUAUGACAAUAAGCUACUGUAGUGUCGAAACCUAUGUGACCAAAUAACACUCGGCUGAGUUGGGUCGAGUCUGACACCAGAAUGUUCUGGUCUCUGAACACUGGAGUCCAGAAAUAGAUGGCUGGUCUUUAAUUGGCCACAUAGAUGACUUCUGGAAAUAAAUAAAUAGAGGUGAGACUGUCAGACCGCACACACACAUGUUCACACACUAAAUAUAGCAUCCACACAGUGCAGUUCUCCUCAAACAACAAGCUGCUGUGACACCUGAAGCUUCACUUGGACUCGUAUGUUUUUGAUUCUUGGUGUUUGUCUCAAGUGUGACAACGUCGUCGUGCAUGCAUGUCUCAGAGUGUGUUUCCAUUCGCUUGCUUCAGUGUGUGUCUACGAUGUUUCAAGAAGACACUUCUUUGACUUUUGGGAAAUAGAGUUAUUUGUUCAGUAGAUAAAAGUCUAACUGUAAUUGCAUCCUUCCCUCUAACAGAGUUGAAGCUAAGUGCAGCUACAACUGGGUUGUAGUUUAAAGUAGCUGGGUCCUGAAAUGUAUCCAAGUCUGGUAGGUUACAAUACCUUGCACUGCAAUCCCUCCACAGCUGUCGGUUGGAUGUGUGUGUUGAAGUCAAUUCCAGACGGCGCCAAAACGGAAUCAGUUCUUGAUUUUUAUCGUGAAGAGCAACUAAUGUACUGAGAUUCGAGUGUCUUAAAAUGAUAUUGGAGCCCCGUUGAACACAUCAGGAUGUAUCUGUUUGCACAAAACUCUCCAUUUCAAUCAUUUACAUUCGAAAACGCUUUGUUUCGCUGGUUCAAAUCUCAUUCUCCCCUGCCACGCCCACUCUCCUGUGAUUGGUCAGGAGGGAAACUUCAGCCCGCCUCUGCUGUUAGCUGCUGUGUCACUGAAGAUUCUAACACAUUGCUUCGUCAUACAAUCAUAGCAGACACAUCUGUUUAACAGUUAUUGGGGCUUCUACUGUUGCAGUGCAUUAUGAAACAAGUUGUCUACUUUAGCUAAAAGUCAUGGCAACAAGCUACGUUGAAAAGCAAGUGCUGACAGACUUGCCUCCCUCAAUAAAUUCUCACGUCAACAGCGGAGUCACGUUUCCAGUGACUACCUUUUGUCCUGUGGAUCUAAGACAGGUCAGUCUUUUUUUAAAAUCUAGUUUUCUGAGUGUACAAGAGUUUCCACUCGGGGGCAUUACAGAGCCCCACUGUGAUGUCACGUUAUUCAUGUAAUAUAUUGAAGAGAGUCACUGCUCAUAUGGCUCAGCAGGACGUGUUGACACAAGCUGCUCAUGAAUUCACUUUGUUGCUGACGUGUAGGUGCACUUGCUUGGAAGGAUGUGGGAGAAGUUGAAUCCCUAACAUCGAGUGAUUCCAAAGAAAACAUGAUUUGACCUCAAUCCCAGUGUAACUCAUCUUGCUUUGUACUCCAGAAAGAUGAUCAAUACUGUUUACAAACUCUUAUUCUGAAAUACUUACUGCGGAAACGGGAUGUACAGUACACAUUUAUUGACAUCUGCCAACCACAGAAAAAUCUUUACAUGUUGUCAGUGUAUCAUAAUAAUGACGUCAUACCUCUGAUUCAUGAAAUUAUUAUAAGUUAUGCAUCCUGGAUAUUAGAGCUGUAGCCUCAGAGUCUUUGCUGUCUUCUCAGUCCAGUCAAUCUCAGACUAAAUGUAACUGUUUCCUCCUCUGAGGCUCACCAACUGUCUGCAGUGUUGUGUGCAUCUUGUGUCUAAGCUUCAGACCGUGACAGGACCCAAACUUGAAUCCCUGAAUGGAUUUUUUUAUGAGCUCAACAGAAGAAAAGCUGCGUUCAGGUCCAGUGGGAAAUAAGAAGAGUGCGACCGCAGUUGUAAACUCAUCAUCAACUCAUGAACAAGAUAGAUGGUGUUCUUCUUUCAAAGUGUCCUUUUAUCGCUAAGCAAGCUGUUUUCAGUUUGGGUCCUCGAUCACUGGGCUGCACUCGCUGGAAUCACCCUGAGCGGGAUCGUGACCCAUCCGACAUGAAGGUAGCGUUAUUCAUCAGGAUCAAGGGCAGGGGGCAAUGUAGCUGGACGUGAAUCACUGUGACAAAGUGAGACUGAUGCCUUUCAAGUCUUCUGUCUGCUUUUGUUUGUCUGAAGAAGAAGAACAUCAUCAGUUGUUAUGACCUGCGUGGCCUGUUUGGUGUGACAUGGCUGUCUGUUUUUCUUCCAAACAUUAUCUGUAUCUGAAGAUCUCUUUGUGAUUAGAGCUCUGGUCUCUGUCUCAACACACGUCUGCUUUUGUUUCUUAAUGAUUUUGGUAAAAUGAGAAAAUAAACUUGGUUUUGUAAAA